CCUGGUUUCUGUCCUCAGCUUUGUGGACGGGAUCGAAGCAGAACAUCAUGGCGGUUCAGUUCCGAGGUUCGAUUUCUCUCCCAGUGCGACUCAGAGUUUCCUGUCGAGUCCCGACUCUGCCUCAGGGGUCCAUGAUGAAGGCGACACCAUGCAGACUAUUGCGAAACUAAAACACGAGAUGUGCGUCCUCUCCCGGCAGGUCACAGCUGUCAGUCAGGAGCUCCAGGAAAUGACACGUCUCCUCAAGCCCCUUCUCCAUACCUCGCCCUCUCUGCUGCUGCUGCCCGUGACUCCGCCCCCCAGCGUGUCAUCGCAUGGCUGCUCUCCAGCCCCGCCCCUUCUUACCCAACAUGCACCUGUGGGCCCUCCGUCUGUCCUUCCCCUUGAGCCGGCACUGGAUUUCGAUCCGCUUCGUUGCCCCGGGUCUCCUCACUCAGCGCCUCCUUCCCUCCAUGGCUCCCCCCACGAUCAUCCUCCCCCCCUACUCCUCCUCCUCCAUCACCUCCCUGUCCUCCCCCUCCACCCCCCUCCUGGUGGACUUAUCGGAGCCUGACUCCCACCCCCAGUCCCGUCUCCCGUCCCAGUCCGAGUCCCAGCUCCAGGUCCGGCCCGACGCCCAGCUCCCGCCCCGGUCCUGCCCCCAUGCCGCCUCCCAGCCCCUCCCCCAGACCUCCAGCAUGGUUCCGCCCCCCCCAGGAGGCUCUGCUGGACCUGCAGGAGGUGGACUGGGGGGAGCAGAGCACCCAGCUCAGCUUCGUGGACGAAGGACGGCCCUCGGUGUAGAGGUCAGCAUGACGUACACCUUACUGCAUGACAAACAUCUGGCCAACAUCUGGCAUGUGAGCUCCGUGUGAAUAUUCUAAACUACUGUCACAAGCACCGUGGAGAAUAUCCCGAAAUAAAAGUUGGUUUUACAGUUUCA